AUGCCAUUGAGGACUGGAUUGAGUUCCCUGGAGAAGAGCCUCAUUGUUCUGUUUGUGGCUAUGACUGCAGCCUCCAUCAGCCUGGUUGUGGUUUAUGUCACAGAGGGCAAUGGAGCCAGUGGUGGAAAUGAAGGAGGUAAGCUGACGGGUGAGAUAGGGGAGUUUGGCAGUGAAAAUUACCCCGGAAGUGUGAGCUGCAGCUGGACCAUCACUGUGGACAGCAAAAAGGUGAUCGCUUUGUGGCUCCAAGACAUCUCUCUGGAGGAAUCAGACACGUGCGGCACAGAAGCCGUAACACUCCAGGAUGAGAUAGGGAUCAUCGGGAAAUACUGCGGCCGGUCCAAGCCUAAGCCGAUAGUAUCACUGGGAAACAGUUUGAAGGUACAUUUCGAUACAAACGGCAGAUACACAGACAAAGGAUUCAAAGCCGUGUACCGUUCCGUGGACCCUAAUACAGUUGCUGAUAUCGUAGGAGCUGGUGGCUUUCUGCAGGGUGACCAUGGGCAGCUGAUGACCCCAGGCUACCCGGAGAAGAACUACGAGAACGGUGUGAUGUACCAGUGGAAGAUAACAGUCCCACAUGGAGGGAACAUUCGCCUGAAUUUCACAGCCUUUGACCUAGCCCCGGAUUCCUGCUCCGACUUUGUGGAUGUCUUCGAUGGCCAUUCAGAUGGUGUGAGUGCUCCCAUACUUGGUCACUUUUGCGGGAAAAAAGUGCCAGUCCCGGUGCUUUCCAGUGGUAAUGAAAUGGUGGUGCGAUUUAAAAGCGAUUCAAUCAACAACGCUAAGGGCUUUAGUGCAGUUUACAGUGUGGCUUUUACAACUACCACUACCAGACCUCCCACCAACACUAAGCCACCCAGCACCUCUGAACCAACAGGUGAGAAUUCGGGUUGCGGCUCUCAGGGAAAUCUUUUCGGUCGAAAAGGUGAGAUCCACUCUCUGGCUUUUCCCAAUGCCUAUCCUGCAAAUCUACAGUGUUCCUGGAACAUCAGCGUAUCUGAGGACCUUCUGGUCAAACUGCACAUCACUGAUUUAGCCAUCACGGGUGAAGCUGGACAAUGCCAACAGGACAAACUCACAGUCACUGACAGCCAGCAGUCACUGGGUACACACUGUGGCUUCAUCCUUCCUCCUGUGCUUGUCAGUGUCAGUAACAAGAUUGCUGUGAAUUUCCAGUCUGACGGCCGGCUAUCUGACCGCGGUUUCUCUGCCAGGUGGGAGGCGGUGUACGCAGAGGACAUAGCUGAAAUCCAAGGCUGUGGUGGUUUCUCUCGUGAGGAGACUGGAGUCAUCAAGUCUGACAACUGGCCCAUGAACUAUGCCCCUAACAAAGAGUGCAUGUGGAUGGUGCAGGUCCCCGAGGGCAAAACCAUCACACUGAUAUUCACCCACUUUGACUUAGAGGCAGCGGGAUUGCUCAGACCCUGCUUUGACAAUGUGGUCAUUUACGAUGGAGUACAUGACACCGCUAGCAAAUAUGGUCCUUACUGUGGUACCAAACUCCCCCCUGUGAUCAAGACAACAGGAAACAAGCUGGUGAUGCGUUUCUAUACUGACUUCUUCCAGGAGGAGAAAGGAUUCAGAGCGUACUGGAGCACAGAUCCCACACUUCCCGCUCCCACUGAACCGCCUGCGCCGCCAAACCCAUGGGACGACAUCACUAUCGACUGGCCGGAGACAUGCGGAAGACCGAAGGUUCCCCCUACAGUGAGCACUCGCAUUGUGAACGGUGAACCAGCCAAACCUCACUCCUGGCCCUGGCAAGUGUCCAUGCAGGUUUGGCCCGAAUCCUAUCCCACGCCUACAUUCUUCCACACAUGUGGUGGCACCCUCAUCCAUAAGAACUGGGUUUUGACUGCUGCUCACUGUUUCAUCAGGUACGCAGAUGAGCUUCAGAGAUGGCAGAUGUGCCUGGGCAAACAUAACCUGACCCAGUCCGAGGCAGGGGAGCAGUGCUACAGUGUUCUAGGCAUCUAUCGUCACAAGAGCUUCAAGUAUCCCACAGUGCCCAGUGUGGAGUUCGACGUCGCCCUGGUACGCCUGGACGGAGAGGUGACCCCUACUGAGCACAUCGACUUCGCCUGCAUGCCCUCGGUCGAGGAGAUGCUUCCAGAAGGAAAGAAAUGCUAUGCUACAGGCUGGGGAGAUGAAACAGGCAACUCGACGGCUCCUAAAGUGGCAGAGACUCUGAACCAGGUCGCUCUUCCUGUGGUUCCUUAUGAUACGUGCAAACGCAUGGACUACUGGUGGUUCCAGGUCAAGCAAUCGAUGAUCUGCUGUGGAUACACUCUCCCUGACGAGCUCAAGUCUGUGUGUCAGGGAGAUUCAGGUGGUCCCCUGGUGUGUCAGGACAGCCCCUCGGGCCCCUGGGAAGUCCACGGUAUCACCAGCUUCGGGCCUAUCGGCUGCAUCAUGAACAAAAAGCCCAGUGUGUUCACUCGCUCGUCUGCUUACACAUCCUGGAUCGAGAACAUCAUGCGCAAGGAUAUCUACCAGCUCACUACUUCUGGUUGUGGUGGACUGAAGGACCAGACUGGCACUGCAGGUGUUUUGGCCUCAGUGAAUUACCCUAAGAGUUAUAACAAUGGUGCAAAGUGCAUCUGGAACAUCCGUGUACCGGCAGGCAAACGUGUGCACCUUCACUUCGAAUCGUUCUCACUAGAGGAGAGCCAGAUGUGCCUCAGUGACAGCGUCUCCAUCUCAGACCACCUCAGCCCUCUGGGAACUCACUGCAGUGCAUCUCCUCCAGGAGACGUGGUUUCUGCUGGAGACACGCUGACCGUCCGUUUCUCCAGCAAUAACAGAGUUGUGGACACAGGCUUCAAUGCCACAUGGAAAGCUGUGAAUGCGACAGAUAUCAUUGGCUGUGGUGGAGACUUCACCGGUCAGCAGGGGGAGCUAGUGUCCCCAAACUGGCCCAAUAACUAUCCGAACCAAAUCGCCUGCACAUGGAGCAUCUCCAGUCCAUCAGCCAAGAGCCUCCACAUAGUCUUCACACACUUUGAGGUGCAAGCAGUUAAUCUCCUGGGCAAGUGUGUGGACUUUGUGGAGGUCUUUGACGCAGCUGGGAAGUCACAAGGUCAGUUCUGUGGGUAUACACUUCCCAAGCUGACUGUCGCUGGAGACAAAGCCACUGUACGCUUCCUCACUAAUGACGCUCGUGAAGAGAAGGGUUUCCGUGGUUAUUGGACCACUGACCCAAGUGUGUUUCCCACACUGCCACCUCUGCCACCCAACCCGUGGGAUGACGUGAAGAUUGACUGGCCUGCUGAUUGCGGGACUCCAGCAGUGGCUCCAGUGACCCCAGUAAUGAGGGUUGUGAAUGGAAUAGAGGCUAACCCUCAUUCCUGGCCAUGGCAAGUGUCUAUGCAGGUGAGAUCAGAGGAUGAGACAUGGAGACUCAUCACAAUUGGUUAG